AUGAAGGCUGUUGCUGCUCUUUCCUGCGUGGCUUUAGCCAACGCUUUUAUCCUCCCCGACCCCCAGAUCUUCGAGCAGGCGGCGAUUAAGAAUGACGAGCGCCCCUCCUGGUGGGACCGCGUUCCCUCCAAGGAUUCCAUCGUGAACACCGUCGAGGAGGGCAUUGAUUCUCUGUCCUCUCAGCUCGAAAGCGCCUUCCACUCUCUGGAGGACACCGUCGAGAACAAAUUUGAGCACAUUUUGGAGGAGGAGGUCUUCAACGGUGGGGAUGGUGACACGUCCGACAAGUCCAUCUUCGAUCUGGUUGCCGGCAGCAAGUACACCACGACGCUUGCGAAGCUCGUCAGCGAAUACGACGACAUCGUCGAGACCCUGAAGAGCACCAAGGCGAACUACACUCUUUUCGCUCCCACGGACCGAGCUUUUGAGAAGCUCCCCAAGCACCACAAGCCUAGCAAGGAGGCUCUCAAGUCGAUCCUGUUGUACCAUGUCGGCAUUGGCGAAUACGACGCGAAGAGGGUUCUGCGCACCCACACCCUCCCCACGCUGCUGAAUGAGCCCUGGCUCGGCGACAAGCCCCAGCGUCUUCGCACCAGUGUUGGUCUCGGAGGUGUCCGCGUCAACUUCUACAGCAAGGUUGUUGCAGUGAACAUCCGUGCAAGCAACGGAGUCAUCCACGGCAUCGACAGCUUGCUCGUCCCGCCGCCCCUGGUCGGCCGCGAGCUGACUCUCCUCCCGAGUCAAUUCUCGACCCUCCUCCUCGCCUACGAGAAGACCGACUUCGUCAAGUUCAUCCACGGCGUCAAGUCCACCGGCACCACCGUCUUCGCUCCCUCGAACAAUGCCUUCGCUCGUCUCGGACCCAGGGCCAAUGCCUUCUUGUUCAACUCCCCGACCGGACUCAAGUUCCUCAAGGCCCUGUUGAAGUACCAGAUCGUCGCCAACACCACCCUCUACAGCGACGCUCUGUACCGCCCCGACAACAAGGGUGAUGCCAGUGUCGAGGAGCACAUCCACGUCGACCUCCCGACUUUGCUCGGCGGCAAGAACAUCGCCGUUGACGUCGCUGUCUGGCGCGGAUUCAGACGCGUCAAGCUCAACGGCUACAUUCCCAUUGUUGUCGCCGACGGUAUUGCGAAGAAUGGCGUGAUUCACGUCCCCGCUCGCGUUCCUAUUCCCCCUCACAAGCACAAGGCCGACAGCGAGGAUGGCUCAAUCACUGUUGAGGAGCUGAAGGAGCGCUUGGCUGAGUACGUCGACGAGGAUGACAAGAAGGACGAGUGGUCUUCUGAGCUCUAA